ACUAGUUUGAACCAGCUCUCCACAAUUCAGAGAACAGAAAAAGGUGCCUAACAUUUUCAAUCCUUUGCUUAGCACCACUUGCUCUAGAAAAGUUGAACCCUCAAACACUUACUUUGGGAACAGACCUUGGAAAUCAUACUUUGAGUUUGUCACCUCUGUGCUUUGUGACUUCAGAAGGAAAGUGGGAAGACAACUAGGUGAGAAGAAUAAACCCAGGAGACGUGGUGUGUUGUCAUUAAGAACUCCACAAAGCAGAGACAAGCUGAACUAUGAGCACAGUGAGUGAUGAAAAAGUCCGUCUUUCCCAUGAUCUCUCCGAGGGUGAGAAAGUAGCCAUUGGGCUCAGAAAGGCAAAAGUGAUGAAGUGUUUGGAAAGCCUUGGGAUGCACUGUGACCAGGAUAACAUACCAAAUAUUACCUUGUUGGCAUCAGGUGGAGCUCUGCGGGCCAUGGUAUCCUUACAGGGUACAUUAGUGGAGAUGAAGCAACAGGGUCUACUGGAUGCCAUCCUGUACCUGUAUGGUGUGUCCGGUUCCACCUGGUGCAUGUCCUACCUGUACAAGGAUAGGGAGUGGACAGAACAUUUGCAGGACUUGGAAAAAAAACUGUGUCAAACAUUAGUCGAAUCCUCCUGGGACAAAAAUAAAGCAAUAAGCACAGUUGUGGAGGCAUCAAAGGAAGAACAUUACUCCCUGACUGAUUUCUGGGUUUCCUUUAUGAUCUAUAAAAUAUUGCAUAAGUUUGAUGAAAGUGGGUUAUCUGAACAAAAGACUUCCUUAGAAAGUGGGAAAAACCCUUAUCCUAUCUAUGCUGCUGCAGAUAAUAAAAGAUUGAACAAAGGACAUGAAAGCCUCCCAGAGACCUGGUUUGAAUUUACCCCUCAUGAAGCUGGCUAUCCUGCUGUAGGAGCAUUUAUAAACACCAGUCUAUUUGGAAGUGACUUUGAGAAUGGAGAGUUAAAAGUAAAGAAAAAGGAGAAAACCAUCUGCUACUUGGAAGGCUUAUGGGGAAGUGCACUUGGAAACAUAAAGGAAAUUAAAAAACUAUUACAAGAAAGUCUGACUGAAUUCUUUAAAGGAUCAGGGGAGAAAGAAAAAGAUCAUGUUUCACCAAAUCCUGAGAGUCCAAAUGUACACUUUACAGCAGUUGAGGAGAAAGAAAGAAGCGCCAUUUCACUGUUUUUCGCUCCAGUUUUGGAUGCCCAUCGGGUGACAACAAAAACAGCAGCGUGUCUACUCAGCUGGACAUGGGGAACCACCAGCAACUUCCUUUACAAAUGCCCUAAUAUUAAGUCCACUGACAUGGUCAAAGACAAAGUCACCUCCUUUAUUGAUGCCGGCCUUGCCAUAAACUCUGCCUAUCCUCUGGCUCUUCGGCCAGAGAGGAAAGUAAAAUUGAUCCUCUCCUUUGAUUUCAGCUCUGGAGAUCCUUUUGAGACCAUCAAGAAAACAGUUAAAUAUUGCCAGGCAAACAAGAUCCCCUUUCCCAAAGUCGAUGAAGAAAAACUGAAGGAUACUGAUAACCCAUCUGACUGCUACAUCUUCACAGGUGUUAAUGUGCCUACUGUUAUGCACUUCCCACUCUUCAACAACAUCAACUGUUCUGGUAAAAUUGCUGACUACAGAAAGAAAUAUUCUACCUUUACUUCAUCCUACCCAAAGGAAGACAUCCAAGAGCUCCUCAAAGUAGCAAAAAUGAAUGUGACUAACAAUGCACAGAAGAUUUUGGAGGAAAUCAAGCAGCUUGUGGCUUCAUCUACCAACCCGUAACAAAAACACCUGUGUUUAAUGUAGGGCAGCAAAUCUUCCCACAUCCAUGAAUAGCUCAUUUGCUACUAUACUGUAUAUUCAAGACUUAAUGGCCUAAACCCCUCUUCCAGUUUUAUGUGUCUGUGUUAUGGAGUUUUAAAAUUUAAAUGUAACAAGUAAGGAAGAACUCAAAGUCAUAGAUACAUAUAUACAUACAAACAUAACUACUGAUAAGGAUAGAAUCAAUAAUUGGAGUUGAUAGAUUUUGUAUAAUGAAUACAUAUUCACACAUUUCAAUAUGCAUAUACAUACAUAGCUAGAUGGACAGAUGUGUUGGCUUAUAAAUGCUCAUAUAGUAAAGCUGUCAAAUGGAAAUUUAUGGCACAGAAUCAAGAUUUUAUAGCUACCUUGAAGAGAAGAAAUUUGUUUGCAAUAUUACUCUGAGGGUUUUUCCAUUUUGUAAAGGGAAGGUUACUAGGAAAAGAAAUGUGUGUGUCCAUCUGUAAGCAAGACAUGUAGGGCUAUUAUCUUAUCAUCCUUAUACCACUAGCAAAAGUGGAGCAAUUUUAGACUUGGACUUUUUCUCUCUUUUUUUUUUUUUGGCAUUUUUUUGGUAAUGUAUAUUGCUUCUUAAUAUCCAGCGUGGGUUUUUUUUCCUGAGGCAUGUGAUGCCUGCACUUCUCAACCCUAUUUUCUUUUGUGUGGUGAAUAUUCAAUAAAUAAGAUAUAAUACUUCAGAAUUUUGACUUUGUGUAGGAUCAUAGUAAAGUAGGUCUGGAAGGGACAGCAUGAGGUCAUCUUGAAGACUGUUAAUACAGUCUCUCAAUACAGCCUGCUACAGGGCUAGAAAUAUCCCAAGUAUAUUCCACUGGGUUCUGAAUUGUCAUGGUAUGUGACAGUAGAACAUUGAUUAUUCUACAGCUGUAAAAUUCAUAUCAAGGACAUACAAGGGCAGCAAAUGCCAACUUGGAUGAAUAAUUUAAUUUGUUCAAAUGAUGCAUGUAAUCAUUUUAACUUUUUUGUCCUGAAUUUACCAAGAAAAACUAGACUGCUUUUCUAAAUGUAGUCAAUAUUGCAACUUCUUCAUUAAAUAAAUUCAGAAUAUAUUGUGCAGAUGAUAUGCAAGCAA